AUGCCAUCGAAUUCCUCCACCAAAGAGAAGAAGUUGCAGUUGCAAGCAAAAAAUGAUGAUCAAGAGAUGCCCCCCUCGAUAUUGUCGAGGAAUCCGACGUCUCCACCAACAACUCACCAAGUACCGAGCAGCCAGACAGAAACCCAACUGCGUCCUGGAUUAGCACUGUCUGCAUCACUUCAACAAGCUCCCAUCCAACCAAGCAAAGGUCAACAGCUGCUACCAACCUCUUCUCCUGAGAGUGACCAACAGAAGAAGGAAACUGUUAUGGCUGGAGGUGUAUAUUUAAAAGACAAGAUACAUUCUGACUCGUUGGUGAGUACCUUGAAUUCGUUAAACUUGAAGGAUCACAACAUGUCACCAACUGUCCUUAGUGAUAACAACGAAUCUGUCACCAGUUUGGAUUACUUAUUGCACCCACCAGCUGAUGCCCAGCAUCACAAGACCCCAUCUGUUCAUGCCCAUUUCUAUGUUGACGAAGCUGUAAAGCCAGGUAAAUUGGGAAACAGAUCGAGAAGUGGGUCAGGGUCAAAUUCAAACUCUGCUGGUUCACAUGCGAUCCCCCAAUCUUCAUUCUACCCUUUGCGCGAUGGAGGUAAAAGCCACGACAGCAUCAAAGAUGCAGUCUCAAUUGGGUCAGCCGCUUCAUUUACUGCACCUUCUCCUCAAGGACAACCUCCACAUCUGCAUAAUGCAUCGUUAUCAUCUCAAGUUAGUCGACAACAAUCACCCAAGAUUUCCGAGCAGAACGCUAACAUUGACCCCAGGUUACCGCAAGAUGAUGGGAAAAUCCACAUUUUGCUCGGUGUGUGCGGCGCAUUAUCUACCGGCAAAAUCAAACUCAUCAUUAACAAGUUGUUUGAAAUUUACACUCCAAAUAAAAUUGCUAUUCAACUUAUUCUUACUCGGUCUAGCGAAAACUUUCUCAUGCAGGAGAGUCUAAAUAUAAUGGAGAAUGUCAAGGGAGUACGAAUUUGGCGAGAUGAAGACGAAUGGACAACGUGGAAAACAAGGCUGGAUCCAGUUUUGCACAUUGAACUCCGUCGAUGGGCCGACAUUUUGGUUGUUUGCCCCUUGACUGCAAACACGUUAUCGAAAAUCUCACUUGGAAUAUGUGAUAAUUUAUUGACCAACGUUAUACGUGCUUGGAAUACUUCGUAUCCUAUUUUAUUGGCACCAGCAAUGGUUAGUUAUUCUUAUAAUGCUAUAACGACAAAGAGGCAGUUGCGAAUGAUUGCUGAAGAAAUGCCAUGGAUUGAAGUGUUGAAGCCGCUGGAGAAGGUGUUUGGUAGUUAUGGGGAUAUAGGUAUGGGUGGAAUGAUGGAUUGGAAUGAAGUUGUUAAUAAGAUUGUGUUGAAGUUAGGUGGGUAUCCUGAAGUUAUCGAUGAAGAGGAUGAGGAGGACGAGGAGGAUAGUGAAACUGUUCUGCGAAGUGGGAAGGAUGUGAAAAAGUCAAAGGAACAGUUGGCUGACAAAGAGAGCAGUCUGGCUAUUGUUGACGACGACGACGACGACGAUGACGAUGACGAUGACGAUGACGAUGACGAUGACGACGAUGACGAUGAUGACGAUGAUGACACUGCAGAAGAUGCAGGAAGUCAACUCAAGAUGGAACAUAGGGUAAAUGGUGACCAACAUUUCUAUAAACCUAAACCACAAUCUCAUCAUAAUAAUGGCGAUACUUCCUCCCAACCUGUCUCAGUAUCGCUAGAUUUAGGAUCCAAGUCAGAUCAAUCACGUUGA